AUGGUGCAAAGGGCAAUAACGAUGAGUGGGAGUGGCGGGUCGUCGCGGAGUGCCGGGUCGCGGAAGCUGAAUGAGUCGGACAGGAAACUGAUGUCCAUGGGGAGCAGCAAGGAUAAGAAGGAGGCGGUUAAAGCAAUUCGCAUGGCACUGCAUCGCAGCAUUCUAGAGAAGAUAGAUCAAGGCAACUUUGCAGACCUGCUCCAACAUGACGAGCUGCAACGGGAGAUCAGGGAAGGCCGGUCGUUCUACAAGUUCUGCGAAGCGCCCAUCACCUUUGCUCCCACGUUCAAGGUGCUAAGGGACGAGCUACAGCAGUACAAUCCCAAGCGCCUGCCUGCUUGGUGCGACCGGGUGCUGUGGCGGUCCCUGCCUGGCUGCAAUCUCACCUGCACCAGAUACACCUCUGCGCCCACCAUUCUCACCGGCGAUCACAAGCCGGUGCUGGCAGAGUUUGACAUCACCACAUACGCGCUCCCAGUGACCAUGGAUCCCUCAGAGGACGCCGUGCAGCUGCUGCAGCUGAGCAAGGGGCACAGCGAUAAGGACGACAUGCGCUGGCACCUGCAUAUCUUGGAACUGAGGGGGCACAACCUCCUCCCAGCAGACGCCAACGGCUUGUCUGACCCCUACAUCCGUUUUGUGGGUCCCAACCUCUUCAAGUCUUUCCAGACCAAGAAGUGCUACAAGACUCUCAACCCUGUGUGGGGCGCUGAUGAUGUACCCGCUAUAGUGUUGGAGCACCAGUCACUGCAUUACUACGAGAAGGAUUAUCUACUAGCAGCCGUGUUUGAUUAUGAUAAGACCAACAAGGACGACCCUAUAGGAUAUGCCGCAGUCCCACUGGCUGAUCUUGUCAAGGCCACGUGGGAGCAGUCCUCUCAGCCAGUCAGCUUCCGGGUAGAGGUGACCUAUAAGGGCCUACCAGCUGGCGAGCUGGAGGGCAGCUUCCGUCUUUUCUGGGCUGUGAACAAGCUCAGCGAGGGCAAGUGGCAGCAGGGCGCGCGAGGCGCACAGGGCUGCAGGGCGCGCGGGGCGCACAGGGCAGCAGGGCAGCAGGGCGCACAGGGCUGCAGGGCAGCAGGGCGCGCGGGGCGCGCAGGGCUGCAGUGCGCGCAGGGCGCGCAGGGCAGCAGGACAGCAGGGCGCGCAGGGCUGCAGGGCGCACGGGGCGCAGCAGGGCUGCAGGGCACGCGGGGCGCGCAGGGCAGCAGCAAGGGCUGUAGCGGCAACAGCAAGGGCUGUAGCGGCAGCAGCAGGGCAGCAGGGCGCACAGGGCUGCAGGGCAGCAGGGCGCACAGGGCUGCAGGGCAGCAGGGCGCACGGGGCACGCAGGGCUGCAGGGCGUGCGGGGCGCACAGGGCUGCAGGGCGCGCGGGGCGCACAGGGCAGCAGGGCAGCAGGGCGCACAGGGCUGCAGGGCAGCAGGGCGCGCGGGGCAAACAGGGCAGCAGGGCGCACAGGGCUGCAGGGCAGCAGGGCGCGCAGGGCUGCAGUGCGCGCAGGGCGCGCAGGGCAGCAGGACAGCAGGGCGCGCAGGGCGCGCAGGGCUGCAGGGCGCGCGGGGCGCACAGGGCAGCAGGGCAGCAGGGCGCGCGGGGCGCAGCAGGGCUGCAGGGCGCGCGGGGCGCGCAGGGCAGCAGCAAGGGCUGUAGUGGCAACAGCAAGGGCUGUAGCGGCAGCAGCAGGGCAGCAGGGCGCACAGGGCUGCAGGGGAGCAGGGCGCGCAGGGCUGCAGGGCGCGCAUGGCGCACAGGGCAGCAGGACAGCAGGGCGAGAGGGGCAAACAGGGCAGCAGGGCGCACAGGGCUGCAGGGCAGCAGGGUGCACAGGGCUGCAGGGCAGCAGGGCGCGCGGGGCACGCAGGGCUGCAGUGCGCGCAGGGCGCGCAUGGCAGCAGGGUGCGCAGGGCGCGCAGGGCUGCAGGGCAGCACAGGGCUGCAGAUCCCCUCCCCCCCACCGCUGCUGCAGAUCCCCUCCCCCCCACUGCUGCACCCGCAGCAGGGGGAUGGAGGAGAAGGUGCGGCAGGGAGAGAGAGAGGAGAAAAGGCAGGGGUGGAGGAGAAAGGGGGGGGGGGGGCGGGGGGGGCUGGUGCUGCAGAUCCCCUCCUGCAUCCCUCUGAACCUCCAAGCUCCCCCCCCCCUCCCAACACAGGGGUGCGGCAGGGAGAGAGAGAGGAGAAAAGGGCGGGGGGGGGGGGGGGGGGGCUGAUGCUGCAAAUCCCCUCCCCCACUGCUGCUGCAGAUCCCCUCCCCCCCACUGCUGCACCCGCAGCAGGGGUGGAGGAGAAAGGGGGGGGGGGCGGGGGGGGCUGGUGCUGCAGAUCCCCUCCUGCAUCCCUCUGA